AUCCCGCUUGGGCGCACGCCGUCCUCUUCGCUGUGGCCUCGGGGAAGGAAGGGAAGGAGGAAGGUAGGGAGCGGCACCUGGGCGCUGGGGGAGCAGCCGGCGUGGCCGGGAGCCGCGCUGCCCGCGGGGGGAGAGCAGCCCUUCGCCGCUGUGCGUUGCGAGCGGGCGGACGAAGUUCGUUUUCCCCCUUUUCCGAAAUGAAAAGGUGAUGCUCGGCGCCGCGUUUCGCACACGCGGGAUAAUUCGUGCGUCUUUACGACGGGAAGUUGCCCUCCUGCCGUUCAGCGCCGGGUGCGUCGCUUCUCCUCUUAGCCCCGUUUGCAGAAGCGCUGUUUCAGGUGCUGCGCUCAAACUGCUGCUUCCCUGGGUUGUCUCAUCCGAUCUUUGCUUCUUUAUGGAGGUGGCGAAAAGAAAUCGUUGUGCUUGAAUUCUGGUUUAUAGGAAGAAGAGCACAGUUCUGCGAUGUACGGCGGCAUCUGCAUCUGCGUGCUCCUCGCUGCGCUGUCGGUGAGCUCCCUCGGCCAGCAGCCCGCGGGCUCACACGAUGGCAGCCCUGUGGCUGCUGAGCUCCAGCAGAGCCUGACAGAACCCCACCGGCACUCCCGCGCACCCUCCUCGGCAGGGCCGCUGAAGCCCGCACCGCGGCUGGAUGGCAGCUUCGAGCAGAGGGCGACGAUCGGCGCGCUGCUGGCCAAGUACCUGCAGCAAGCCCGGAAAGGUUCCACUGGGAGGUUCUCUGUCCUAGGAAACAGGGUACAGAGCAUUGAUCCCACACACAGGAUAAAUGACAGAGACUACAUGGGCUGGAUGGAUUUUGGACGCCGCAGUGCUGAAGAAUACGAGUACUCCUCCUAAAGAACAGCAGGCGAUAGCAACAGGAAAGAAAUCACACUCCCAUGUCUGUACAGAAGGAGAAAAAUUAAUUUGUUGUCCUCUUCGAAUCAGUGUUUUAAAACAUAUCAUGUAUUUGAUGUAAAUUUGUCUGUAAGACAAUGCAAUAUAUACAUAUGCAGAAUUUUCCAGGAAAAAUGUUUUCUUUCUUUUGUGGUUUCUCAUACGCUGAUAUUAUAUUAAAAUGAUUUCACUUA